AGCACUGUCUCUUUCUUUUAUUAUUCUUCUUUAUGAUAUCGGUUUGUCGGUGAUGUUGUAUAUUUUUUCUUUCUAUUUUUCGGUUCAUAAAUUCCAAAGUUUAAUGCUACAUUUUGCUUGAUUCUGAUUCGGAUUCGGAUUAGAUUAGAUUAGAUUGAAUUUCACUUGCUUAGUUCAAAAAUCCACUCCAGUUUUGAACCAUAAACUGGAGCAGUUAUGGUUUGAGUUAUUGAAUUACGAUCACCGCUGUAGAGUUUUUUCAUAAGAACAUCAUUACUGAAAAACAGAGGAUUUUGAAAAUUCCUUGGUUUAUGUGUGAGUUGCUUUUGUAGGAGAGUGAAAAUUGAAAAAGAAGAAGUUAGGUCCUGUUUGUUUGGGACCAAUGCUAUGGAAAGAUGGGGUUGUUUUGAAUUGUGAUUAGCCUGUGGAAAGAGCAUUUGGGUUGGGUUUGGGAGUGAGAAAUGGGAGCUAUUGCUGGAGAAGAGUUGUCUAAAUGGGAGAAGAUGCAAGGAGGAGUGAGUGGGGCUGAAGAGAAGAUUCUUGUGUUACUAAGGUUGAGACCUUUGAGUGAUAAGGAAAUUUCUGCUAAUGAAUCAGCAGAUUGGGAAUGUAUUAAUGAUACUACCAUCUUGUACCGUAAUACUCUUCGUGAAGGUUCUACAUUUCCAAGUGCCUACACAUUUGACAGAGUAUUUCGGGGUGACUGUGCUACAAGGCAGGUAUAUGAGGAAGGAGCCAAAGAAAUUGCCCUUUCAGUUGUUGGUGGAAUUAAUUCGAGUAUUUUUGCAUAUGGACAAACAAGCAGUGGAAAGACAUACACUAUGGUUGGAAUAACCGAAUUUGCUGUUGCAGAUAUAUUUGACUAUGUAAAGAGGCAUGAAGAAAGAGCAUUUGCAUUGAAGUUCUCAGCAAUUGAAAUUUACAAUGAAGUUGUUAGAGACCUCCUUAGCACAGAUAGCACUCCACUUAGGCUGCGUGAUGAUCCUGAGAGAGGACCCAUUUUGGAGAAACUUACAGAGGAGACUCUACAGGACUGGGGGCAUUUGAAAGAACUUCUAUCGUUUUGUGAAGCUCAGAGACAGGUUGGAGAGACAUACCUGAAUGAAAAGAGUUCUAGAUCUCACCAAAUUAUCAGAUUGACAAUGGAAAGUUCUGCCAGGGAAUUUCUGGGAAAAGGCAACUCAGCCACCCUAUCUGCUAGUGUGAAUUUUGUUGAUUUGGCAGGAAGUGAGCGCGCAUCUCAGGUAUCAUCAGCUGGGGUGAGAUUGAAAGAAGGUUGUCAUAUAAACCGGAGUUUGCUUACUCUUAGUACCGUCAUUCGUAAGCUUAGUAAGGGAAGACAUGGACACAUCAAUUACAGAGAUUCAAAGUUGACACGCAUACUGCAGCCUUGUUUAGGUGGCAAUGCUAGAACAGCUAUCGUUUGCACUUUGAGCCCUGCGCGAAGUCAUGUUGAGCAAACUAGAAAUACACUUCUUUUUGCUUGUUGUGCAAAAGAAGUGACCACUAAAGCACAGGUGAAUGUAGUGAUGUCUGAUAAGGCCUUGGUCAAGCAUUUGCAGAAAGAGGUGGCCAGGUUGGAGAGCGAGUUAAAAGUUCCUGCUGCUACCUCCAAUUGUGAUUAUGCAGCAUUGUUGAGAAAGAAAGAUCUCCAGUUAGAAAAGAUGGAUAAGCAAAUCAGGGAGCUAACUAAGCAACGUGAUCUUGCUGAAUCAAGGAUCGAGGAUUUGCUGCGCAUGGUGGGAAAGGAGCAGAAAUCUAAAAAAGAAGGAGAAGAUAUUUGGGAAGAUGACUGUUCAGUAUCAGAGUCAUCAAGCAUCUGCGGUCCCAAUAUACGCAUUAGAGAGUUCAACAAUCCUCACUAUAAUGGUGGAGACAGUGGAAGUAAUCAAGAUGAAGACCUUGAUGAAUACUGCAAAGAAGUUCGAUGUGUCGAGUUGGAGGAGUCAAGUAGAGACAACUCAGAAUAUCUCGAUCCAUCGCCUAGUGACAAUGGGGUGUUGGCUUUGACAGGAUCUGGAGGGGGAAAUGGAUCAAGCCAGGAAAUAUCUACAAAUUUGAAUGAAGACAGUCAGAACCAAGGAAACUCAACAUACGGUCUUCGGAAUGAACAAUCUCUACAUGUCAUGUUAGGAAACAUGUCUAAUUAUAAGAAUAUCAAAUUAACUAGAAGCCGGAGUUGUUCGGAGUAUCACAUGACUGGUUCUCCUGAGACAGGAGAAAUGGAGAGGACUCCAGCCAAUGGGUUUGAAACAGGAUUUCCUGGAAGACCAGAUGGUUUGUGGAGGAAGUUCCCUCCAUUGAACUACGAUGACUCCACAAGGUUUUCAAGGAACGAUUCUCAGUCUUCUAUUGGAAGUCCGUCGGUGGAUGAGCUUAGAGGCAACAGCAUGAGAACAUCUGCUGAUGAUGAUGUUACUAGCAUCCAUACUUUUGUUGCUGGGAUGAAAGAAAUGGUCAAACUUGAAUAUGAAAAGCAGGAUCAGGAGACAGGACAAAAACUAUUGAAUUUUGAGAGGAAUGUGAAAGAUGUAGGGUUGGAUCCAAUGCUGGAGGCACCAGGAACUCCUUUGAACUGGUCUCUGCAGUUCAAGAGACAACAAAAAGAGAUAAUUGAACUGUGGCAAUCUUGCUAUGUACCAUUAACCCACAGGACCUACUUCUUUCUUUUGUUCAAGGGUGACCAAACAGACUCCAUUUACAUGGAGGUAGAGCUUAGAAGACUAAGUUUCUUAAAAGAAACAUUUUUUUAUGGAGACCAAUCUGAGAAAGACAGCCAAACAAUCACAUUAGCUUCAAGUGUGAAAGCUCUUCGGCGGGAGAGAGAAAUGCUUGUAAAGCUUAUGCAGAAGAGGUUUUCUGAGGAAGAAAGAAAAAGGGUAUUCAAGGAAUGGGGCAUUGGAUUGGAUUCAAAGCGCAGAAGGAUGCAGCUAGCAAACCGUUUAUGGAGCGACACUGAUAUGAACCAUGUAAUGCAGAGUGCUGCAAUUGUUGCAAGGUUAGUAAGAUUUUCAGAACAAGGAAGAUUUCUCAAGGAGAUGUUUGGCCUUAGCUUCACCCCUCAACUCACACAUAGGAGAAAUUCAUGGAAAAGUACAAGAGCUUCUCUUCCAUAGUCACAUUCUUUUUUUUGUGUGUGUGCCUCACACUUGUACAGUGUUAGAAAAUUAUAUCACAGUUUCUGAUUCGUCUUUGUUCUAACUUGUUCAACAAACAAGUUCAUCUCCAUUGGGAUAUAGAGAUGUAUGUUUUGGGCGGUUGUAUUGUUAUUGUCUGGUAACGCCAUUGUCGUUUCUUGUAGUACAAGUUAACAAUUGAUUGUGUCUUUUCUUCCCUUUUUUCUUUCUUGGUGUAAAGGUUUGUUUGUUGUGUUGCUUGCUUCAAUGUGUGUAAUAACUGUAGUCUUUUCUAAUCAUUCAUCUUACUCUGAACAAAUUAAAA